CAAUAUUAUACUGCAAAGAUAAUAGCGUUACAAGUCUUUGCCAAGAAGCCACAGGAAAUAAAAAAGAUGAAUCGAGAAAUGUUUGUGAUCGAAUCGAUCAGUUCAUAAAUGUGACCAGCGUAGCAAGUGUGACACAUGCAUUGUUAUAUCGUACAACUUCUUUGGUUCUCGCCUGUGUACGACGAUCGGGUCUGUCCUCGCGUGACUCGAUGAACGAUCUGGAAUCAAGGAAUCGGUUCCCGAAGAAGAAGAUGGUGAAGAACCCGCAGUGCCCGAGGGACGAGACGUAGGGUAGUGGUAUGUCCGAGUGCUUCGAGUUCUCGUCAUCUAUGACAGGAUCGACGGACACGGGGCCUUUGCAGCCCCCGAAGGAUCCCACGGCCCUUCCUGCGCAGCUGGCACCCUUCGAUUUCUGCUCGACUCCUGAGACACCGACCCGACGAGGUCAUCGUCAUCGACACUCAAGAAAGAUGACAUUGACCUCACCGAACGGACAGCCUAUACAGCUCACUCCUCUCUGGGAACACGUGGUGCGAACUCGCAAGUUCCCGAGCGAGGUCGACACUCGUCUCACGUUCCUGGAGAUCUCGGAGAGACUGCGUGAUCCAGAAUGGGAGGUGCGUCAACACGCAGUUCGCGUGCUGAUAGACGUGCUGCCGACUUUGAAUGCCGACACCGUGGACAAGGUCAUGCAACCAGUGGUACCGGAGCUGGUCAAUAAUUUGGGCCACCCGGCGCCGGCGGUGCGAAAGGGUGCCUUGGACGCGUUGCGGGUUUUUCUCGUUCACAGUCACGAUCGCGAGAACACUAUCAAAAGGAUUCUUCAGGAUGGGCUGAACCGGUCGGAAGCGCGGGACUCCUUCCAGACGAACGUCACGACAGGGGUGAUCCUGAGCGUGCCGUCUUUGCUGUUCCCAUCCUCGAAUGGUCCUUCCGCUAGCACCCAGCUCGUCAAGGACGCGACGAUCGUUCUAGCAUCGAGACUCGCUCACGUGCCGCAUCAGGAAGCUGUGCUGAAGUCGCUGAUGAAGAUCAGAGACGCUGUCGGUGUCGACGAGUUCGAGAGCUAUUUGGAGGACUACGACAACAAGUUGAAGAGGAACAUCGAGGUCCUGUCGAAGAUUUAUAACGUUAGGUCUAGCAGGAAGCCGCAGAGGAAGAACACUGAUGGUGUCGAGAAGUCGGACAAGGAACGGGACUGGAAGUGGGAGGAGAGCGACAGCGACACUUCGGGCAUCGUCGAAGAAGAAGACGAGGUGAACAACGGAGUGAUGCCCGCGGCCCGAGUGGUGCUGGAAACUGAGAUCAAGUUUAACGAGAAAACGGCGAUCACGAUGACCAUUCUAGAAGAGAAAGAAGACAGCGAGAAGGAGCAGGACGAGGAAAGCGGGACAGACGUCAGAAACGACGGAGAAAACAAGGACUCGUCUCCGGAUCGCAAGAAGACGCCUAGAAGAGUGCACUUCGGGGGUGAAAUAGUGAAGCUGAGGACACCGGACAGCGACGAGACGGAGUCUGUUGAUGCGACACCGAAGACUAGGAUCCCGGUUCCCGUUACCCCUGCGACUAAGAUGCCGAAGACACGGAAAAGGCCUUCCUCGCAGCCUUGUAGCCCUCAGAGGGAAGCUGAGAAACCUAGGAGGGCUACUAGGUCGAUGUCUAGCAGCCCUAAAAGAGAGGUCUAUACGCACAAUGCACAGCUGAGUCCUAAGAAGAGCAUACUAGCUAGAACCAGCAGUCCUGCCGACUCGAGGAAGAAGAAGGACCUUGAGUCGAACGACGCAGAGGAGAGUCCUUCAAAGGGGAUGAAGUCGGAGGAGUCUGGGAAAAUUGUCCAAAGUGUUCCAGAUGUAGACCACUUGGUCGGUAACAAAUGGAUAAAUUCGGACGAGAAACAAAAUGAAAUUUUAGGCUCGGAGACUUCGAAGAGCUCGAAGACCCCACAGGGACCGGAAGACACUGUUCGGAACAAGAAGGAUAUCAAAGAGGAGAAGAAUCUGUGGGAUAAGAGGCAGGAUUUGGGGGAUACUGCGACUGAAAAUGAUCGGAAGAAGACCUCCGAAGAAAAGGAGAAGGUUGCAGACCCCAAGAAGGACUUGUUCUUUGGAUCUCCGGUGGAGGAUCAUGAAGAAGGCUACAAUCGUAACGAUGGUUUACCUAGCACCAGAGAUUUUAUCAACGAAGAGGCUUCAUCUGUGGAUAACAUGAAGUUGAAGAGCAGUUCGGCGAAGGAGGUUAUUGACGGUGAACGAUCGAUGAAUGGUGAUAAAGCCAGUGACAAAAGUGGAAACACUGUGCGUGGAAUCGACGAGUUGGAGAGGAUGUCCGAGGAGCCUAGCUGGGAGGAACUGGGUCUGGUGGACCAGGAGGUGCUCGAGGAUUUGCAUAACAAGGACGAUUGGCGAGCUCGUGUCAGAGGCCUGGAACGAGUAGCAUCGGCUUUACGAACGUCUUCUGCGCUGAUCGCGAUAGAGCCGCGAUUAGGAUCUCUUUUGCAUACUGUGCUAGGCUGUGAAAGGAGCUGUCGAGUAGCUGCUGCUGGCUUGGCAGUGGCAAAGGUGGUCGUGGCUGGCGUGAGCGAGGAGGCUCUGAAGGAACGAUUGCCCCAGCUCUCAUGGGGUUUAGCCAGACAAGGUGGACCGUGCGCUGCUCAAUUGGCCAGGCUAGCGAUGCUCAGACUGAGACCCGCUCUUCUUCUAGAGGAAUUCCUGCAGCCGCGGUGCUUGAACGCUAGGAACGCUAAGACCAGGGAGAACACCUUGCAACUGCUAAUCUUCUCUCUGGUGACUUUUCCGAGCACCGAGUUCAAGGUGGACACGGUGGCGAACAAGGUUGCUAAAAUGGUCAGAGACCGAAGACGCAGAGUACGGCAGGCUGCGCUCGAUACUUUGGCUGUUCUUGCACAGAUCUACGAGACCGAGGAAGUAUUAGCGGCUGGAAAACGGGCAUCGGAAGCACACCACGAUGGAGAGGCGAUGAUGUCUGCUAUUCGGGCGCGUCUCGCCCGGAAGUCGUUACCUUUGGUCUCCGCCGAUGGCCUCGUUAUGUACGGUUUGCAAAUUUCGCCCACCGUCCAGAUAGCCACUGGUCCUGAUGUUGAUUGGAUAGUAGCCGGAAGUGGUUCGGUAUCGCCGGGCAUCGGUCGUACAAAGGGUCAAAUUAUAGCGACUAGGUCCGAGCAGGAGAAACUUACUAGAUAUGGGAAUGCAAAAGCCUCUGAAAAUCCCUGGAUCGAUAGGCCAAAUUUAGUAGCCCUUGGAGUGGCGAUGAGACCUAAAGGUGACCACCCUGUGGUUUGGCAGAUGGUGCCAACACACAAUCAGGACCUUCAGUGCGAUGAAGUGAGUCUGCAAUCGGGUCGAGGCGUCAAUACUGACUUUAGAAAUGCCGAGAGCUAUACCUUGAGCUCGAGGUCCAAUUUAAGACUUCCGGCGACGGUGCGGGAUACCCAGAAUUACCGUAACAUAGCUGAUGACACUCUAGAUCAACGGGAAAUUACAAACAAAGCAGACUCUCGGAUUCCGGUGUUGUUCGCUAGGGAUCGAGGAUCCAAGAAUAACAAUAUGGAGUCGAAUCAGUUGAAGAAGAGAUUGAAAGAUGCUGCUGAGAGUACUAGCAGCAUUGAUUCGCAAGAAGGAAAUGCUAAAUCUUGUGGAACUAUGUUCAGAAGAAAAAAGAACCAACGAGAGAGUGGCACCAGUACUAGUCAUGAGACAUUCUGCUCCAUAAAGAAUCUGAACAAUACGAAUACAGACAACAGUACUCUUUCGGAUAAUUCGAGCCAGGAGUACACGGACACCAGAAGAAUUUAUCACAAGUAUAUGGAGAAAGAUAAAACAUCAAGGAGGUCUGACACCAGCUCCAGGUUCUCACAAUCGAAUUACAGCGAUAGUCAGCAGUCCCCAUUGCCGAGGAACAUUCAGCAACAAACAUUUAUCAUGCAUGAUAUGUACAAUUUGGUUAACAGAAGACAGGAACGGUUCCAAGACGAGAAUUCAUUCAGACAGCUUCAGACAGCUCCAACGCCAUUAACACACUCUUACAAUAGGCUUGAUUAUAGUAACAGUGGCGAAGAGAUCAGCGAUAGGAACAUGUAUCCUCGAACAAGGUUCUACCGUAGGACAAAGGACGCGACCUCGCAGAAGGUCAAUGACGUCGAGCUUACUUCGUCGGACGCUCAAACCAACGAUCAUUUCCCUGCGAUACGGGCGAGCACGUCUUACAGAAGAAGACUACGUUCGUUGUCACCAUCGCAAUUAUACCACCGACAACAAUUCCCCAGAAUAGCUUCUAGCGAUGGUCAUGCUGCCUCUAUGUACGACAUAGAUAAAGCGGUGAACGAGGAGGAAUUGUACAACGAGAAGAACAAGCAUUUUCUGCCCGAGGAAAGGUAUCGAUUGAACGCGAUCGAAACACAGUUCGAAGAUGAUCAAGACUCCUCGUCGGACGCUUUAGAGAAUAAUGAACAUGAUAGCGCAGAUCAGGAUGCUGCUGAUAACAAAGAAGAUAGCGAGAGUAGAUCUUCCAGCGCUGAGAGACCGGAUGUGGACGCGGCGUUUGAUAUCAUCGAUGCACCGUCGACGUUGCCCAACAGGGAUGCCAUGAACUUCAUCCUCGCGUUGAACAAAAGAAUAGAAACAAUCGACGAAACAAAUGGUCCUUCCGUGGUGGACGACGACGCACCAAAGAGCUGGAGCAGCGAGGAAGACAUGACAUUGAAGCGCGAAGAUCGUUCUUGUUCAAGAAGUUCAGGACACUUCGAAUUACAACAAGCGGAUAAUCGUAUCGGGAGCAGCGGGUCCGAUGAAGGAGAUGAUAGAGCCAGUACCAGAAGACAGUCUACCAUCUCCGUUUUGUCUGGUGAAAGAUUGAUGACCAGCGAGAGCUUGCAACACUCUAGCGAUAGUCAACUUCAUGAGAUGCAAGCAUCGCCGUUGACAAGAUCGUCCAGCAGCCCUAAGAAGCUAAGUAGAUCGCCUAGUCGAACCUCCAUCGAGGUGGAAACGUUGAAGUCGCCGGGACGAAGCUCGAGGAGCAGCUCUUGUAAAUCGAGUUAUGAUUUUGAUAAAAAGGAAGCUGAGGAUCUGAACGAGGAGAGGCUAGUAUCCUCUGCAACGCAGUGCGAGGACGAGUCAUCAGGAUUAGGAGAGCAGAGUCAGUCUCGUAGAGGGUCGAAAGCUGGAGAAUCGCCAACGAUCAUCAUCGCUUCUAGACCUCACUCGACCGAGAUUUCCACAUUCGCAGAGAAUCCUGCAGAGGUUGUUGUUCGGUUGGACGAGAACGACGAAGAGGAGAAUGCUGAAAGGCUUGCCAACGACUGUAACGAGAGUAACGAGAGCAACGAGAGCAACACUAUGGAGGAAGGACAGAGCAAGGACAGCUCCAGUGAAACAAAUACUGAACCUGGGAUCUUAAAGAUUGAAACCGAACCUUUGGAACCAGCAGCUCGAUCCAGAAGACCAGCAGCAUCGAAGGUUCCUCGGCCCACGAAGAGAUACCGAAGCAAUGCAAGAAGCACGGAGAAGUUGAAGCCAGCGGUGCAGAGCUGCUUCGCCAACCUGGAGAGCAAAGAAUGGGAGACUGUUAUGAAAGGGUUAAAGACUCUGUCUCACUUAACGAAGAACCAGCCAGAGUUCUUGGAAGUCCAUGCUACACCAACGAUAAAUCGACUUCUGGGUCAACAAAUAAAAAGCCUUCGAUCGCAGGUUGCCCGAUCUGCUUGCAUAGCUGCGGGUGACAUUUUUAGCUCGCGGAUUCGUGGAAUAGAUCAAGACUUCGAGGACAUAGCUGCACCUUUACUCCAUAGAACAGCCGAUACUAAUCGGUUUCUACGAGCGGAUUGCAAUACAGCUUUGGAUCGGAUGAUCGAACACAUGCCUCCUCAUAAAACUAUCGCAGUUAUAGUUUUGCGCGGUGCUGGUCAUCAAAACGCUGUCGUGAGGGCAGCCACGGCUCGAUUAUUGACUUCCAUAGUUGAGCGGAUAGGACCAGAACACACGAUGAUAUUGCCAAGAGACGUUAGAGACAAACUAUUAAGCACUGGUGCUAAAUUAUUGACGGACGGUAACUUGGAUGCUAGGAAUCACGCAAAGAGAAUGUUUCGACGACUGAUGCGUUGUGACGGUUUCCACAAAGCUCUAACGGAAGCGGUACCAGACACGACCAUGAGACACAUCGACAAAACCUUGAAGACCCUUUAAUGAAGUGACCGUUCGGGCUGCAGAUAAUCGAUGUAGCAAUAUCGCUGGUCCAGAUUAUCAUCUUGUCACCUGGGCCUCGUCGAUCCAAAAAAAAGACUGCGUUCUGCGGAUAAUGAUGGUGGAAGAACAUUAUUUCCGCGAUGGAAUAGUUCUUCUUCGCGUGGAAGAGACGAGAAAACACGAUUCCGCCCCCUAGUCGACUGAUUUCUUUCAGUAACAGGUUUUUGAUACUCCGAUGUACCCUCGUACAUUUCCUUUUUAUACCGAAACGAGUAACGCAUGUUUACAGAUCGUAGAUUUGUACCAGUUUCCCUUUUCGUAAUCGUCGACCACGAUCUCUCUUUGUUCAUUAAUCCUAGCGGAAAGAAUUGUCACGGCGAAAAUCAUAGUUUUCGCAUAAACAUUGCUCCGAGAAUGUAGCGCAAUUAGUGAAAUUAGAAACGACAGUUUUGUUAAAAUUUAAUGUUGUCAUUCGCUUGUGUCGUCCGUCAUUUGUUUCUUCAUUUUUAAUUAACACUUUAUCUACCGGCGAAUGCCUAAAUCAAAAAUUAAAAAAUUGUUAUAAGGCUAUACAAAAGGAACUGCAAGAAAAUACACAAUGUAACAACUGCUUCUGAUAUUAAGAUUUAGAAAAGAAAUUAUUGAAUCACAGUCAUUAAAACGCCGAUAGGCUUUCGGUAGCUAAAAUGUUGAACUGAUUGUCAACGCGAUCCGCUGGUAGCUGCGACUUUAGUGCCUUGAUCAUAAAAGAUUUUAUUAUCGUUGAAAAAUCUGCGAACAUAUUAGAGAGACAGAGCAUGACGCCUAUGAUUUAUGAAGACAUUAUGAUGCUCAGACAAUUAUAUAAAUGAUUUCCUACAGACCGUUGUCACGGUUUAACUGCGAGGGCUUAGCUCGCAUAGUGCUCAAACACAGUACACAUUUUCAUUUUUUAUUGUUGAUUGAAAUUAACUUGAUAAAUUAUAUGGAAAAGAAAUUUUAAGAGUGAUUCAGAGUGUUCAUGAGUGAACAAUGAGUUUUCUUCACCGACUCUUCCUAUAAGGAGUCGCAGGAAGGAAAUUGUAGUUACGUUUCCUUAAAGAAAGGAACACAUUGCUGAUGGUAAUGAUUCCGUUUCGACGAGGUUACAAGUUGUUGCAUGAUGUAAAAAUAUGAAAUCCUAGAAUAAGGAUUUUGAUCAUUGCAUUCGAAUUUUAUACUUGUUAGCGCGAGUAGACUAAUUGGUAGACUGUGGAUCUUUGAGAAAUAAUUUUAUCAUGAAAAUUUUCAUUUCCAAAUAUUAUACUAAAUAAAAGUUCACAUUUUCGAGCGACUAGUAAUUGGUCUUUAAUGUGAAUGCAUAAAGAACUGCAGUUUAGUAAUUAUAUCUGUAUGCUUCUGCUCUUCUGAUUUUACUGAACCGAAAAAUUGAUAUAGAUUCCAAUGUAAAUACGUGAGAAACUGUAUAUGUACAAAAGAGAGACGGCAUGUAGGACUUGCUCAGAAUGGAUGCGAUUCGACCCAACAUCCUCCGGUGCAAUAAAUUAUUUACAAUGUUUGUAUUUAUAUACAUUACGAGAUUAAUUAUAAAUGCGUCACACAUACGUGUACACUAAUUUAUUGAAGAAAAUAUAUGUAUAUCAUAUGUCUAUAAUUUACAAAUGAGGUCUCCAUAUUUAUUAUUAAUAAUUUGUAAAUAAGUAAUGAACUCUGUGAAUGCAACCACACUUUUAAUUUUGUUUUAAACAAUAGAAAUGUCUAGGUGACGUUUUGACACUACUCGAAAUAACCUCUCUCUAUUUAACGUUAUUAUUAUGAUAAAAUGGAAUUGCAGAGAAUGAGCUCGGUAGAAGAGAAGAGAAUUCUGAUAACUUUGAAUACCAUUGAGAAUAUUGUACGUGCUAUAAAUAUUAAACUGCGGAUGAAAGAUACGCGAUUUAGUUACAAUUGCUAUUUGUACAAUCAAACGAUUAAUAAUAAAUAAAUAAAUCUAGAUUCGGAAAGAAGA